AUGGGCAGAGGUCUGAAUAUUAUGGACAAUAAUGCCUCUUCUUUUUUUGCACUUCCAUUAAACUCUGAAUUUCAGUUGACGGCGAAACGUCUCAAUGAAGCUUUACUGACCAUGCACAGACAACAUCGGUUCAGUCAGCUGGUAUUUUAUUUGGAGUCAUGUAGAAGUGGGUCGAUGUUCAAGAAUAUCCUGAGAAGCAAUAUUAAUGUUCUAAUUGAUGCUAAAGUGCCUUCUUUAGUAUACGCCAUCACUGCCACUCAGAGCAAGAAUCUACGCCACCUUACUUGUGAAUAUCCCUUGAUUUACCGUGUCUCGGAGCUGAAUUCUCUGUUAAUUGGAUGGAGGACUCCGAUGAGAACGCAUGCAAUAACAAACAUCAAUGCUGAGACACUGGACGAGCAGUUCCAGAUAGCGAGAGAACUAACGGUGAAAUCCGAUGUGAUGCGCUUUGGUAAUCUGAGCAUAUCCAGGGAACCGGUGGGAUUGUUCCAAGGUACUGCGAAUGCCAUGCUGAGGGCCAGCGAAAGGAACAAGGAAGAAUGUGAGGACAGACACUCUUUUCAUUAUUGUUCACUGCUUAAACACCAGACAGUUUUAUGGCCGUCGAGAGACGUGGAGCUUAUGCAUUUGAGAAACAUGAAACAGCUUAACCCUAAUUCAACCGCAGUUGACGUUCUGAUCAAUCGAAUUGAGAAGGUGAGCUUUUCAGACAUGUGGUGA